UCCCUGGCAGAGCCCCACAGAGCCACCCUGAGAGCUGGCGCGCCGCUGGGGCCGUGCGGGGCACUGGGAAGCCAGCGUGUGGGGAGCUGCUCUGGGACCAGGAGGACUGCCCCUGUCAGCACACCUGAGGAUUGGACUUACCCAGCAGAUGUGACGCCCACGCUGGCUGGGGGCUCUGAGCAUGGCCGACACCAUCUUCGGCAGCGGCAGCCACCAGUGGGUCUGCCCCAAUGACCGGCAGCUCGCCCUGCGAGCCAAGCUGCAGACAGGCUGGUCUGUGCACACCUACCAGACCGAGAAGCAGAGGAAGAGCCAGUGCCUCAGCCCGGCCGAGGUGGAGGCCAUCCUGCAGGUCAUCCAGAGGGCCGAGCGGCUGGACGUCCAGGAGCAGCAGAGGGUCGGGCGGCUGGUGGAGCGGCUGGACACCAUGAGGCACAACGUGAUGGGGAACGGCCUGUCCCAGUGUCUGCUCUGUGGAGAGGUGCUGGGCUACCUGGGCAGCUCGUCCGUGUUCUGCAAAGACUGCAGGAAGAAAGUCUGCACCAAGUGUGGGAUCGAGGCCUGCCCUGGCCAGAAGCGGCCCCUGUGGCUGUGUAAGAUCUGCAGUGAGCAGAGAGAGGUCUGGAAGAGGUCGGGGGCCUGGUUCUACAAAGGGCUCCCCAAGUACAUCCUGCCCCUGAAGACCCCCGGCCGGGCUGAUUACCCCCACUUACGACCUUUGCCUGUGGAACCGGCUGAGCAAGAACCCAGAAGCACGGAGACCAGUCGAGUCUACACGUGGGCCCGUGGGAGAGUGGUUUCCAGUGACAGCGACAGCGACUCGGACCUCAGCUCCUCCAGCCUGGAGGACAGACUCCCGCCCCCUGGGCUCGGGGACCCGAAAGGCGGCAGAUCCAGGGGGGACUCAGGUGGCAGCGUGGAGUCCCCCAAGAUGGAGCUCACCCACCCACCCAGCCACCUGUCGGGGAGCCAGAGCAGCCUGGCCAGCGAGGCCGGGACCGGCUCUGCAGACCCACAGAGGGGCACCCCGCCCUGGCCGGACCCAAAGGGCUCCAGCAAAAGGCACACCUGGGCGAGUCCCCGCUGCUGACGUGGCCCCAACGAGCCCUCCGCCUGCCCUGGGCAGAGGCCUGCGGGGCGCACGGGACAGGCUUUCCAGUCAGAAGAGUGAGAGAGAGCGCGCACCCACAUGCUGGAGCCAGACCUGCCGGCUCCUUCCUGACCAGCCCCGGAGGCCGCACAUCCCCCUGUCCGACGUGACCUCUGACUCAACAGACCAGUGUUUGGGGGCUGAGUCUGCUUCUCCCACUCAGUGCCUUUCUGCCCCUUUCUUCUGGGAGCCCUCACACACACCCCUCCCCCCGCCCCCAGCCAUGUCACUCAGCUGUGUCCUUUAUUUAUUGUCCUCCCUCGACCCCCCCACUCCUACCCCCCCCCGUGUUUAUUUCAAGUUGGCUCUCCCCUUGGGUUGGGCUGGAUGGGCCGUCACCCACUGGUGGGGCCCCCACAUGCACUGCAGUUCCAGGGGCACCAGGCAACGUCCUCCACGUGGCAUGCACGGGAGAAGCCCAGCCCUGAGCGUUACCCUCCAAAGCUGAGCUUGGCCCCGAGAGACCAGCCCCGCAGUCCAGAGCAGGUGGGAUGAGAGAGUCCCCACCCUUUCCCUCUGCUGGGGCCCGGGAGGUGGGAGCUGGGACCUGGCUCUGUGGAUUCCUGGAGCCCCUCCUCGGCCCCCCUGGUGUUCCCAGCCUCUCCCCCCACCCCCCUGGAGCUGAGAAGGGCUCUGGGGGAGACUGAGGUGCCGCUCACUGAAGAACCAGCCUUCAGCCUCUGCAGCUGGGCCUCAGCUCCCGAAGCCAUUAAUUCACGUCUCUUCAGUCGGUUUGGUUUGGCGUGAAAAAUACUUAAUUCAAAGCACGGGCAAAUGCUUCUGGAAAACCCUUUCCCGAAGAGAGAGAGAACGUGUGUUUGUGUGCGUGGGUGUUGUCUGUACCCUCCCAUCCCCCCCCCAGGCCCCGCCCUCGAAGGGCCUGCUCCCCAGGCCCUCAGGCCCCCACCAUUAGCUUUUUUGCCACGGCUACCAGCAGAUGGUAAAAAAACUCACUGUUUCCCUGUGACAAGCUAUGCUUCAGAAUACAAAUAAAGAUUAGGGUUUGCAUUGAGCCCGUGUGUUGAUCGCGACCACAAUCACGUGUGCUUCUGAGAUGCGUAUCGCUUGUAUCGCCAGCUUUCACUGCUCCCCAAGAUGUCCACGCGAGAAAGCCAGCCGAGACCAAGCCCGUUUGCUCUGCAGAGCCCCCCACCCCACCCCGAAUGCUUUGAGCUUGGAGGGACCAGGAAUCCCGAAGGUGGAAGCUCGGGGUGGGUGUGAAAACAGCACUGCAUGGAAGACACGGUUAGAUACCUGAGUGCCUUCUCCCAGCCCACAUGGCCUGUGACUGCCCCGCCAUCCCCUGGCCCUCGGAGAAGACAGGUCACUGCUGGCCACGGUUGGACCCCAAGCCAAAGGCUGUGAUGAACGGGGAGACCCUCAGCCCUUCCCCUGCUCACACCCUCCACCCUCUGCUAAGGCAGGAUGUGGCUGAAGGUCUCUCUGGGAAACUGACCAAAGAGAAAAGAUGGGCAGAGCCUGACGUUGGCAAGUCCCCAGUCACCACGCGGGGCCCCCAGUGCCCUGGCCCUGCCCCCGAAAGCAGAGCUCAGCCUUGCUGAGCUGCACUCACCCCGGGAACAGCCAGGGCACCAACCAUUGACCAGAACCGACAACCAAAAUACAGAGACUCCAGUGCACAAAGCAAGGGUCCGGCACAGCCCUCUGCAGGUUCACCGCGAACCAGGAAAAGGAUGUUCUUUCUUUCUUUUUAAUAUAUUUUAUUGAUUUUUUACAGAGAGGAGGGGCGAGGGAUAGAGAGUUAGAAACAUCGAUGAGAGAGAAACAUCGAUCAGCUGCCUCCUGCACACCUCCCACUGGGGAUGUGCCCACAACCAAGGUACAUGCCCUUGACCGGAAUCGAACCUGGGACCCUUCAGUCCGCAGGCCGACGCUCUAUCCAUUGAGCCAAACCGGUCAGGGCAAGGGUGUUCUUUAUAAAAGCAAGUGUUGAAGCUCUUCCAAAGUAAAAUGCAAUAGCAGAACUUAAAAUUGCACUAGGAGGAAUGGAAGGUAAGAGAAAAUCCCCCAGAAUAUAAAAGCAAAGAUGUGAAAGUAGAAGAAAAAGUCAAGAAAAUUGGACAAUCAAAAGAUAAGAGCCGUGCAGAAGGUCCAACUAAUAGAAAUUUCAAACCAAGACACAAAACACAGGAGAGAAAAUUGUCGAAGAAAUGAUGCAAGGGUAUUUCCUGGGACUGAAGGGACAAGCCCCCUAGCGAAAGAGCCCACCAGGUGCCCAGCACAGCGGCAUGAAACCGCAGCCACGUGGACAGCACCACCAUGGCGAGCACCGCGGCAACCCCUGUGGACGACGAUGCGCGUGGCCGGCAGCCACAGCGCGAUGCCCUCGCCCGGGGUCUUCCCGAAACAGAUUCUCGCUCCCUCCGGAGGUCGGGCCGGGGCCGAGGGGGCCCGUCUACAGGCUCCCGGUGAUGCCGUGCUGCUGGCCGGAGGACCACACUUGGAGGAGCGCCGGUCCAGGGCAGCGGUUGUCAGCGCCGACUGCUCAUUGGAGUCACCUGGGGCGACACAAGCGCUCCUGCCGGACUCACCCCCGAGGUUCUGGCUUCAUCGCUUUGGGGCACAGCCCUGACAUCGGAUUUUUAAAGGUCCCCAGAUGACCCCGACGUGCUGGCAGAACCUAGAACCUUUUCCCUAUGGAAGCUCUUCUACGCGGGCUCCACACACGCGUGGGAUGUUGGGAGAGUACCUUUUCAUGGGCUGAACACUGGAGACGGCCUAAAUACCAUGGACAGAAGGACAGAUCUGUAACUGUGACACAGUCAGGCAAUGGGCUAUCGUGCAGUGACGAACAUGAGGGGCCACACUCAGCACAGCUGACUCACAGGCUGAGCAAGGAAACAGACGGCAGAAAAACAAACCAUCAUGACGCGGUCUAGUUAGAGACUUUAAACACACACAAUGUUGCGUAUUAACAUAUAUCUUAUGCAGUGAGAGAAGAAAGACAUGCCUACGAAGGAUAAACAACAGAUUUCUAGAUACACAUUGGGAAGAAGACCUGCAAUUAAGGAGGGGUUUCCACUUUAAUAUAAUGUUCUAGUAACCUUGGUGGUGAACAGGGGGUUUGUAAUGUACGUAUUAUAUCUUAUAUGUUUUACAGGGGUGGGCAAAAAAGUAGGUUUACAGUUGUUUGAAUGGAAGAUAAUACAAUAAUUAAUAGAUAAUACAAGAAUAAACUCUGUUUGGUUGGCCCUGGCCAGGUAG